AUGGAUCCUGUAGCAGCACAAGGACGUCCUCUUCCUCCCCCUUUUCUCACCAGAGAUCUUCACUUACAUCCUCACCACCAAUUUCAGCCCCACCACAACCACCAAAACACCGAGGAUGAGGCCGCCAAUGGCCGCGGCCAUAAGCGAGAUCGCGACGAGAACGCCGGCAGCGGCGGAGGUGGGGUCACCACACCCCCGCACGCCGGCGGAGAAGGCAAGGAACCCGGGUCAGGAGAUGGAGGAGGAAGUGAAAUGGCGAGAAGGCCAAGAGGAAGACCCGCAGGGUCCAAAAACAAGCCCAAACCACCCAUUAUCAUCACAAGGGACAGUGCCAACGCUCUCCGAUCCCAUGUUAUGGAAAUCGCCAACGGCUGCGACAUCAUGGAGAGCGUCACCGCCUUCGCGAGACGGCGACAGCGUGGUGUCUGUGUGCUCAGCGGCAGCGGCACCGUCACCAACGUCACCCUCCGGCAGCCAGCUUCACCGGGUGCCGUUGUGACCCUUCAUGGAAGGUUCGAGAUUCUGUCGCUCUCUGGUUCAUUCCUUCCGCCGCCGGCUCCUCCAGCGGCGUCAGGACUAGCCAUAUACUUAGCCGGCGGACAGGGACAGGUAGUAGGUGGAAGCGUGGUGGGUCCCCUUGUGGCCUCAGGUCCUGUUGUAAUCAUGGCUGCUUCAUUUGGUAAUGCUGCCUAUGAGAGACUACCCUUAGAAGAAGAGGAAACUCCGGUACCAGUUCCUGGCACUGGAGGAUUAGGGUCCCCUGGAAUUGCAGGGAACCAGCAACAAUCGCAAUCGCAGCCUCAACAGCCACAACAGCUUGUGGGAGAUCCUAAUACUUCUUCUCUCUUCCAUGGAGUCCCUCAAAAUCUUCUCAAUUCGGUUCAAUUACCGGCUGAGGGUUAUUGGGGUGGCAGUGCUCGUCCCCCCUUUUAA